CAAAAACCAAAAUAGCAGAUGACCGUUUCCAUUUCAUCUGCCUGCCACCGGACACCAACUGCGCUCUCCAGCCCCUGCCCAUGCUACUACUGUGUUUGGGCUCCUGCAUCUGUUCCGUGUCUCCAGCAGGGGGCUUCUGGGAGAGCAACUGUGAGGAUUUCUGUGUAAACCAUCAAUGGACUUGUUGCAGGGUGGAAUAUGAAGAACCAAGAUGUAAAAGGAGAAUCGUGGUAGUGAAAAUUCUGGUCAUGGCAGCCUGAGAUGUUUCCAGCUUCAGCCUGAAGAACAGGACUACAUAUUCAUCAUGAACUGCCUAGAGAAACGACAUGUGAGCCAUAAAGCAAACAUGCAGCACCUUGGCUACCUGGAUAGCUUUAUGGAUGAGACGGAUCGAGAGGUCAUGAACCUCACAGACCGCGCCUUUAAGAGCCUAUGCAUCGGCGAUGAGGCCAUCUACAAUGACUCAGAGUUCUCACCAUCACCAGUGAGCUGCCACAAGCCGCUUGCUGAAGAAGUGCCAAAAAAGACUCAAGAGAACUCUUCUUUGGCUGUCAAGAAGCAUGGAGCUCACCCUCUCAAUGGUGUUAAUAAAAGUACAUCACUAUUCGCAGCAUUCAUGGCUAAGAAAAAUGGAGACACCACCAAGACAAUAAAUGGGGACUCGUGGGACAAAUCGGCACUGCUUAGCAUUCAAAGAGAACUGUCAGACUUUUCAUCAGAUUUUCAGAUUUCCCAGGUCAAGAAUCAUCUAAACCCCUCAGAGAAGAGCAACAAAUCAAGCAAGGACACAGCUACUCAAUCAGGGAAAUCAACCAAAGGCAAACACAGCAAAUCCAGCAAACUAAAAAAACUGAAUUCCAAAAACUUCUUUCUCCACAGCGAAUUCAGCCCAUUCCAGUCCUGGAGGGACCUAAAUAAGUUUCCUUUUGGAUUGGAGAACAUGGAAAUUUUCCAAAGCAAUGGCCCACCUGAAUGGUAUGAUUCCCCAAUUUACAAAAAACUAACCAUGUCACACAGAUCACAUGUUCCAGAGAAAAACAAGGAGGAGAUGUGCCAAAACACGUCACUUCCAGCUGUUCAAGAUAACCCUGAACCCGAGGUAUCACAACAACCGGCACAGACUUUGCCAACAGUGCCUUUGAAAGCAGAAAUCCACACUAAGACUCAGCCUCAAGUUUUGCUGCCAUCUUCUGGAUCUGAGCAGAGGUGUCAGUCUGAAGGGGACCAUUGUGCCCCCUGGAGGAAGAACCGUAACAGGGCAAAAAGUGCAGUCCCUAUUGGUCAGCCCCUUAUGAGCUCACUUGUCUGUGAACAGACAAAAGCUGAAGAUGAAGGUGUACUACCGAACAAGAAGGAGGUCAGGACAAUGGAAGAACAAGCCUCCUCAAGUUCAACUCCGUUUAGCAUUUUACACCUGCUAACUCCGGUCAUACCCUCCAGGCAGGGGACAGGAAACUCAGAGGUCCUUCAAGGUGUUUUCUCACCAUCUACCCUUGAUUUACCACCGCUGCCUGAAACAGAGAUGCGCCCUUCACCUGAGAUCAAACGGGAAGGCUACAAAUCCAUGGCAUCAAGUCUGCUGUUCAAUCUCAAGGACAACAGAAAACGGGUCAAGGCGAUGUACAGUCCUCCGAGGUUCAAAGGUUUAGAUUCAGCAGACCAAAGCAAACUGUCUCCGCUGAUUGAACAGGUCAUCACCAAAAGUGCUCAGGAGGUUCCAGAGAUUCCUGAAGCUAAAAUCCCAUCGCCUGUUCACCAGAAAGUCCAUGCAUCAUCAGUGCGUCUUCUUCCAGAGAGUGCAGACCAACCAAACUCUCAGAGUGGACAUAUAAAUGGGGUUUUGCCAGAUGACUUCUUGGCACUAAGUCUACUGCAAGCUGGCUCUCCUAUUAAACCUCUGAAGUCAAAGAGCUCUGCAGCUAACAAACCCACAUACCCAUCUUUAAAUAUGUACCGGAAAGCUAGUCCUGACAUUAAAACCAUGAGUGUUCCUGAUUCUCAUCCUGUCACAGAUAAAAACACUAAACAAGGACAUUCACCUGAAAAGGAUGGUAAAGAACUGCAAAGAAAACCUAGCAUGAUUAAACCAGCAACACAUCGGAACAACCCUGCUGACAAUACGAGUGAAAGCACCCAUAUGAACUAUGCCAAGACUAAAAGAACUGCAGGAGAAGUACAGACUGAGAACGCUGUAAAGGAAAAAUAUCCCCUUGCAGUUGUAAGAAAGCACAACACACGAUCAGAUGCACUGACACAUUUGGUUAGCAGAAAUCAGGACAAAAAGGACAUAGGAGAACUCAGAAAGGUAGAACAAAAACCUGUCAAAGAUCAGGAAUGUCUUAGAAAGGAGCCAAAACAUAAACAUUUGUUUUCUGCAAGACAGAACAACUAUAUCAAAAAACCAGAGAUAUGUGAGCGCAGAUGAUGUGGAGGAAGAUGAUUAUGGUGGAGAGGGGCGUAGCUACCACAGUAGCAAAGGAAAAUAAUGGCGACGUACUCGUAAGGAACUCAGGAAGUUCAAAUGUGAGGGAAGAACGGAAAAGUAAAAAGAACGUAGGUGUGCAUAAAGCUAAAGAAAUAGUUGAUGGAAAACCAGAUUCAGGCUUAGGUGAAAGUGCUAAAAAUGAUAAUUUCAGCAUAAAAGACUAUACAAAUGUUGUGGCUACUUACCGUGAACAAAGAGUGGCCAAAAAUGAUGCUCAGUCUAUGAAGGGAAACACGUCUGCGAAAAGAGCUCUGUUUGCUACAAAGGAACAAAUGCUCACCAAGACGGCUGUAGCGCAGAAGAAAGAGAGUAUUGUAAUGGAUAAGUAUGAGCUAGCAAAAGUUGCAUUGGAGGAAGUGAUUGCUGAGCGAGAACAUAGAAAACAGCAAAGUCAAAACAUUUUGUCCACCAGUAGAGGUGAUGUUAAGGGGCAACAAGCUUUAAUCAUGCAGGAAGACUACAAGCAGGUGAACAUGUCAGCAGCAAGUCAGAAGGACAUGUUAGAAAGUGCUACAGGAGACAGGAGAGGAGGUCAUAAGGGCAUUUCUGAUUUUAAACCUAGAAGCCAAAUCGUUCAAAGAAUGCCAGAAAGGGAUACCAAACAUGGUGAAAGUCAUGUGGCUGAGGUAAAUUUAGCCGGGCCCUGUAAGCAGGAAGGUGCUGCCGAGUACCGCCAGCAUGCAGCUGGACAGAUAAAAUAUACUGAGAGAGACAGAUCUGGCAGACAUAGACGACAAAGUGAGACUGAUAAUGUCAAGCCACUGGAUAAGGUAACUGAACAUAAUAAAAAAGAGCUUAAGCCUAAAAAUAUAAGCCCUGUGAAAGAGAGUACAAGAGUUUCUAUUACUGACAGUAACACUAGGCAAGGUGAGGAGUCGGCUGUUCAGAAAAAGAGCACCUCUUCCAGACCAGAGGUUCCUCCUAGAAGAGGGAGAGCAAACUCGCAAAGUGAGGAAGGUUUAGUAUGUGAAACGGAAAGAAAGGAAGCUGACAAAUCAGUUAAACACGAGGAAUCAAUAAGCAGUGAGGAUAAGGUGAAAGUGAAUUUACCAAAGGAUAGAGGACCCAUAAAAGGGCACGUGUCAGCCCUUAAGAAAAGAUUUGAUGUAGAAAAAGGAGUGCAAAGCAUAAAUGUUCAGGAUGGUUUGACUGAAGCAGAGGGUCCCAAGGAUGACCCUAAAAGGAAUAAAGUAAAACAAACGGGAUCGGAUGUUUCAGAGAGUGCAUUUGAAAAUGCAUCAACAAGACAUAAUCUUGAAGGAACAUGGACAAAUUUAGAAAAGGAAUCUGACAAAAAUUCAAAACUACCAGAGAGGACAGACAAAAAGACAGAUAGAAAGUGUGAUUAUGCUCAAGAUUUUGAAACUUUCAGAAGUGACAUGACAAUGGAGAAAGAGGAUGUGAAUAAAAAGGAAAGUGGAUUUGCUUUGGAGGUUUCACGGGAACCAGAUGCCAAUCAAAACCAAUCCAAAGAUCACAGUACAAGCUCUGUCAAAGAGCUUUCAGGUGGCCCUAUUGGAAAGUCAGAUGCAAAAAAGAUAAAACCUGACAGUGAAUCUCAAAAAGAAGUCCCCACAAAGACACCAGAAACCUCAGAAUCACUGAAACAUGGUACUGCUAUGUUGGACAG